AUUGUAAGCUCUGUAUAAAUUUUAAAUUUUAUCAUCGAUUUAUACUCCUGGGGAUGAGAUUGAAGUUUUAGUAAUUAAAAAGAAAUCAAGGCAUGAUUUUGAUGAAUCUAGGAGUGUAAUUUGGAUUCUAAUUCUUGGAUUUUAUCAUGGAUUUAUUCGCUUUCGGAAGGGAAAUUUUAUCAAUCAGAAAAAAUAAUGGCAUGGUUUUGAUGAUUCUAACAAUGUAAUUUGGACUCUAUAUUUUUAAAUGCAGGGGAAAAAAAAGGACCAGGAUGGUGCUUUGGGUUUUUUCGUAUGGGUCAUUGAUAUGGAAUCCAGGGUUUGACUUUGACGAGAGGAUAGUGGGGUUCAUCAAGGGCUAUCGACGUGUUUUCGAUCUCGCUUGCAUUGAUCACCGUGGGACACCGGAGAACCCGGCUCGGACCUGCACGGUGGAGGCUAAGGAUGGAACAGUUUGUUGGGGUGCUGCAUAUUGCGUUCGAGGUAACGAGGAAAGAGAGAAAGCAGCAAUGCAGUAUUUGGAGAGAAGAGAGUGCGAAUACGAUCAGAAAACAAUUGUGAACUUCUACAAGGAAGGAGAUACUCUUGAACCAGCUGUUACAGGAGUUCUAGUGUUCACAUCCACACCUGAUAAAGAAUCCAAUAAGUACUAUCUUGGUCCUGCUUCUUUGGAGGAUAUGGCAAUGCAAAUUGCUACUGCAAAAGGCCCUUGCGGAAACAAUCGGGACUAUCUAUUUCUGUUAGAAAAGGCAUUGCGCAAUAUAGGCCACGAAGAUGAUUACGUGACGGAGCUCGCAGAGGAGGUGAGGAAGGUUCUCGAGAGUCUGGAGGAAAAGCCGGGCGCGAAUCUUAUUCCUCCGAGCUCCCCAUCGAAGCCCUUCGCUCAUCUUUUACCUCUUCAAGAAACUGCAGUUGCUGCCGACUAAUGAAGAUCAGGAAUAUCAAUCUAUAUUCACUCUGCUGAUGAUACAUUUCCCCUAAUUUGAUCAACAUUGAUUUUGAUUCAUAGUAUCAUCCUUGGGAGUGCCUUUUAGGCGUUCCUUGAUGAUGAUUUAUUCUCACAUUUGUUUAGCUUAUUUUCGAGAUAUCUAACCUGCGAGUGUGUACGAGAGGCUGAUGUAAUGUAAUUCACGGAUUAUGCAACUUGUCAUGAAAGAGCCAUUGUUUUCUCGUUGCCGCAUUGAAUUGCAAAGUAUUUAAGAUCUUC